UUGUACUUUCAAACUUUUGCCUGGGCUGCGCCACUGGACAAAAGGAAGAUGAGGAGGGACACGCUGCUUGGCUCGUCCAGCACGCCCCUGUGUGCCAGAAAAAUGUUGACUGCAAGGCUGGCCAGACGGAAGUAGAAGCAGCCCUACGCCUCUUCCGACGCUCCUUAGAAAAGCAUAAGCUUCGGUACACAACAAUGCUUUCAGAUGGUGAUAGCCGAACCUUUCAUGCCCUUACUGAAGAUGAAGUUUACGGAUACAUAAAAGUUGAAAAAAAAGACUGCAUCAACCAUGUGCACAAACGAAUGGGAGCUGCCUUACGAACGCUCAUCGAAAAGAAAAAAAGCUCAAGGUGGGUCACUUGGCGGAAAAGGUAGGCUCACUCAAGACAAAAUAAAAAAAAUUACCUCUUACUAUGGCUAUGCCUUGAGGAGCCACAAGAGUGAUGUGCCAGGCAUGAAAAAGGCUGUGCUGGCCACACUAAGGCACAUGUCAUUAACAGACGAGGCACCCAAACAUGACCUCUGCCCUGAGGGAACAGAUUCAUGGUGCACGUUCAACAGGGCCAUAGCCAAUAGUGAGGUGCCUCCACCCAACACCACCUAAAUGAGUUCAGGCCUCUUCACUCCGGCGCGCCUUCGUGCGACGUCAUUCAACUUUGCCCGAGCCUCUCACGCCAACACCACCUAGCUCACGCCGUACCAGCAGCGUUUCGGCGUGUCCGGGCAUGUUGACAGGCAAGGAGGAGGGCGACCUCUCUCGAGAGAGCGAGCACCGUGGUAGCCCGUAGCUUUGCGGCAGAGCCGUAAGUUGUCCGAGUCUCCGACAGGUGGCGGCAGCCGUGACAAUUAUUUCACUCUGUCGUUGAACGAGACCACGCGGCCACGCCGUGCGCGCUGUUCCGUGUUGCAGUUACCGCUUCCGCCGAAUUUAUUUUGUUGACGAAUGUAUCCUGAGACAUGGGGCGGUGUUGUGUACCCAACUGUCGAGGGAACUAUGACAAUGGUCCGAAAGUCCGCUUGUUUUCUUUUCCGAGAGACGCUAAGCGAAGAGCGGAAUGGCAGCGGGCUGUGCGACGAAGAGACGUCGACGUGAGGCUGUUGAAGGACCCCAAGGUUUGCGAGCGUCACUUCAAGUCGGAACACCUGCGCACAACGUCAACGUAUACGGACUGCGAUGGACGAACCAUUGAAGCUCCUAUGAAGUUGACACGGCUGACUCCAGACGCCUUCCCAGCCAUUUUUCCAGACUGCCCUUCGUAUAUCUCGGAUUCGCGCACGCCGCGAGAAGAGUUUGAACUGAAAAGGAAGCGGACUGAAAAUGAGCUACUCCAGAAAGCCAUACACGAGUCCCAAGCAGCGUUUGAAAACGAAGAAAAACAGUACAAAGUUUGUAAUCUGGGUGAACUGAUUUCUCGGGUUAACGAGCGUCCAAAUAAGAAGUUUUGGUGUACAACAGCCUGCAAGACGUGCCUCAACGUCGCCCACAUCGAACCGGCGUUGCAAGCUCCGGAGAUGCUUGUAUCUGUGGUGGUUACAGAGGAUCUGUCCGUUUCCGUGUAUUUUAAGUGCCCUCCGUUGGUGUCGGAUGAUGUGUGCAUUCCUGACGAAGUCCGUGAUGUCUGUGUGCUGGACAACCUUCUAGACAGCGUGGAGCGAUAUAGUGAAAAGAAGGCCCGUCAACAGGAGGACAAGAUGGGAGGAGUGCGUAGGCUUGUUUUAUCCUUGCUGGAUGACAUUUGUGAUGAUGAGCUGCAUGAUGAUGAGAGGGCUGACGCACUAAUCUUCCUGAAGGAGCAGUGCAAGCUGCUAACAAAGAAGAGUAAUGGCGUGCGGUAUUCUGCAGAGCUUUUAGUUUUUAGCAGUAUAUUGCACACAAUUUCUCCACAUGCUUACAAGUUUUUUCGCCACAGCAACAAGCUUGUCUUGCCGCAUGACACUACCAUCAAGUGAGUUUGUGCUGCACAUGAUGUGAGCCCCUCGAAAGAGCAGUGCGAAGAAGGUUUUCUGAGGUACAUUAAGUGCAGAGCAACCAUUCUGAAGCCUCAUGAAAAAAAUGUGACUGUCAUGCUUGAUGAAAUACACCUGCAACAGUUUUUUGAAUAUAAAGGUGGCUGCCUAACAGGGUUUGCUGCGCAUUGUGCGGAACCAGCAAAGACAGCGCACGUGUUCACGGUACAGUCUUUGCUUUCAUCUUAUAAAGAUGUUGCUCAUAUCCUUCCGGUAACUCGUAUCACAGCAACGGAGCUGCAUGAUGUUCUAAAGACACUAAUCAUGAGGCUUGAAAGUGCUGGUCUGCAUGUUGUUGCGGUCGUAACAGACAACAAUGCCAUAAACAGGAAAAUGAUGUCUCUGUUUAGCGAGCGAAAUGAGCCAGGGAUUGUUUUUCCUCAUCCUGCCAACCCGCAGCAGCCAUUGUUUCAUGUUGUGGACACUGUUCACUUGCUCAAGUGUAUACGCAACAAUUGGCUCAAUCAGAAGGAUGAUGACAAGUCGUUUUUGUAUCCUCCUUUUGAAAGCUGUGGAAGUGGUGAGGACCAAAAAGCUUCGUUUACUUUUUUGAGGAAGCUGUACCAGAGUGAACAAAGCAAGCUUGCAAAGGUUGCCUAUGGUCUGAGCUAUAAAGCACUUUAUCCAAGCCACCUAGAGCGUCAAAAUGUGAGAUUGGUGUUGAAAGUUUUUAACAGCUUUGUGUCAUCAGCUUUGUCACUUGAAGCGCAGAAAUUGCAUUUGGCUGCACUGCAGGAAACGGCCACCUUUAUUGAUUUGAUUGUCAGGUGGUGGAGCAUUGUAAAUGUUAAGACUCCAGAAAAGGGGCACAGACUACGUGAUGUUUAUCAGCAGCCUGUGAAGGAUAUGUCUUGUUUGCAAGUUCAGUACCUUGAUCAGUUCAUUACCUGGCUUGACAGGUGGAGCCGGAGGGGAACCACGGCUGGAGGUUUGACAAAGGAGACCCACUUUGCUCUCCGGCUAAGCACGUAUUCAUUGAUUGAGCUGUCACGGUAUUGCCUUGAUGAGCUGGGCUUUAGGUACGUCCUUUUGGGGAAGUUUCAAACAGAUUGCCUUGAGGCCAGGUUCGGGAAGUACCGCCAAAUGUGUGGAUCUCACUACAAUGUGUCAAUCACAGAAGUAUUCGAAGCGGAGACAAAGAUUCGCUUGCAGGACACUUUAAAGCUGGAAGACAUGCCGCUGUCAUUGGCACCUAAGGAACAGGAGCUUGAUGCCGAGAUGCUAAUAGCAAAGUAUGCCAUCAAACUCACCCAAAGUGACCUGAAGGCAUCACAAACUGACGUGCCUGCGUUGGCAUACAUUGCAGGCUAAUGUGCGCAUGCUGCAAUUAAACGUCAGCCAUGUGAGGAUUGUCAGUCACAGCUCAUGAUCACUGACCGAGAACUGCAGCAAAGUGAGCACGUACUCAUUGACAGCAUGAGCAGAGGCGGCUUGAAGUUUCCGCAGCCUUUUGUUGUUAAUGUUGUUCUUGGCACUAAGAUAGUAUUAGAGCACCUUGUCAGUAAGGAACAGGAGCAGCGGUUUCAUGCAGAAGCCAACCAAAGGAUGGUCCUCUUGAGCAUCAUGCAGUUCCUACUAAGCGACGGCGAGGAGUUGGACAUGUGUGCAAGUGGCCACCAUCCAGAUACCGUACUCAAGAACAUUCUAAAACCAGCUGUCAACACGCUUCUAAAAAACUAUGUCGCUUGCAGGAAUGACAGUGUCAUGAAAGAAAAAGCCUGUACAAAGCAAAGACAGUUGCUAACGCUACAGUAAACUUUGCUAGUGGCCCCUUCGCUAAAAUAUGAAGCAAGCUUUACUAAUGGCUAGUUUUUUUUAAGCUGGCCAGUUCGUAUUUUCUUUUUGUCCCACAAUGUCAAUAUGGCUUUGAAUAUGACUGUUCCAAAUGCUAAAUGUUUGUUCCUUGUGAUACACUUUAUACAUUGUAAUAAAUACUCCAGUAGCU